AAAAUUUGACAAUGAAAAGGGGUGUAGUAAUUGACUCCAAACGCUGCCGUUUAAUUGGCACAGCAGCCCCUGCUGUGUUCCCACCACAGCAGGGGAUCCUCCCCCCUAUAUAUCUCAGAUAUUGCCUCCAUUUUAUAUCUUCAAACAAAUAUUCACUCCUUCAAAAAUCAAAAUAAAAAUCACAAUUCUUGCAGCAAAUGGGCGAGCAAAAUGAGAAAAAUAAUGAAGGAGAGAAGGCGGCGGAGGGCGCCGAGAAGGCGGCAGUGGGUGGCGGCGGAGAGGGAAAAGAGGGCCCCACCACGGUGGUGUUAAAUAUGGAUUUACAUUGCCAAGGCUGUGCCAAGAAAGUGAGGCGAUCCAUCAGCCAUUUACCAGGUGUGGAGACGGUGAAGGCCGACUUUGAGGGGAAGAAAUUGACGGUGAUGGGAAAUGUGGACCCCAGCUGGCUCCGGGAGAAAGUUGAGCUGAAGACCAUGAAGAAGGUGGAGCUCAUCUCCCCUCAGCCCAGGUCCGACGACAAGAAGGCUGGUGGAGAUGACAAGAAAGCAGAGGAUGAUAUUAGCAAGCCCAAAAAGGCUGUUGUUAGCGCUGUGAUGAUGAAAACAAAGUUGCACUGUGACGGAUGCGCGCAUAAAAUAAAGAGGAUUAUAAUUAAGAAUUUUGAAGGUGUUGACUCAGUAACAACUGAUCUACAAAAGGAUUUGAUCAUUGUGAUCGGAACAAUGGACGUAAAUGAUUUGGUUACAUAUCUAAAAGUGAAGCUAAAAAGAGGAGUUGAGAUCAUUCCUCCAAAAAAAGACGACAACGCCCCUGCCGCAGAGAAAAAGGCGGCCAAAGGCGCUGUCGCAGAAGAGAAAGAAAAAGCUAAGGGCGGUGGCGAAGGCGAAGGCAAAGGCAAAGGCAGAGGCAAAGAAGAAGUAAAGAAAGAUAAGGAAAGCAACAUCAUCGGAGAAAAUGGUGAAAAGAAAAAAGAGGGUGGUGGCGACAAAAAAGAAGGCGAAUCGAAACCGGUGGCAGCGCCCGCAGCCGAGGCCGGCACCGGCGAAACUAAGGUGGAGACGAGCAAGAUGGAGUAUCAUAAUAGUUACAAUCCACAAACACACUAUGCCAUGCCCAUGGUGAUGUAUGGACAUCAGGAUUAUGACAUGCAUCAUCAUGAAAGUCGUGGCAAUAUGGGCUACUACAUGGCCGGGCCUCCCUUGCCGCCGCCUACGUAUUUGAGCGCGGAUGCGAACGACAACAUGUUCAGUGAUGAGAACCCAAACGGGUGCUCCGUGAUGUAAUUAUGUGGAAUAUUAUGCUACAUAUCUUGGUCGAGUUGUAAUUUUCAGUUAUAUGUAAGUAAUAGAAAGUGCAAUUAGUGUAACAUAGAGUAUAUAAUUCUCGUUUGGGAAAAUAUUGGAUAAACCUUUUGUAUUUA